AUGCUGCGACAACAACGGGCUUUUAAAGAAGCGGCGAGACGAGUUCUCGGAGGCGCGUUCGAACGGUCUUCGUCGUGUUCUUUUUCUUCUUCUUCUUCUCAUUUUGGGAGAGUUUUAUUCGCGGCGAAGGAGUUCACUUCUUCUUCUUCUUCAUCUUUAGCAUCAACAUCAUCGACGAAAGCAUCCGUUUGUUGUUCGAAACGGCGCGGGAGAAGUUUUAGCAGUCGUUUUAGUAGUAGUCGAAGAAGAGAAUAUUCAAACAACCUACCAACGAAAGAGAAAGAACAAAAUCACGUGGUAAAAUUCCAGGAGAAAUGGGAAGAGCUGAUGAACCAACACCCAAGCGUUGCUUUGAAUCCGUGCAACUCGGAAUUACACCCGGCGGUGGUGGUCGGCGCGGCGAAAGUCGACGAGACGAAACCGAAAAGGUCGUUGCAAGAAGCGUACGACCCAUUCGCGUCUUGUUUCGUCUGCUCGAAAAAUGGACAGUUGAAGUUGGAAACGAGACGCACGAGCGAUAGGAAGAUUUUACGGAGCGAGUUGGCGAGAGGAUUGCCGGAAACGUACGAGGAGUUACCGGGGAUCAUCGCGCCCGGGAUGAUCACGUCGGUGAUGGCGUGCAGUGGAAGUUGGCACGGGUCCAUCGCGUUGAUGGAUAAAGCGGUGUUAGCGAGGCCGCCUUUGAUGAUGCUGGAAAAAAUUAUCGAUUUUACCGCCACCGACGUGUUGGCGCCGAACGAAAAGUGUUCGGUGCACUCGGAAAUCGUCAGUUUAGACGAGCCGAAUUUCGCGACGGUGAAGAUGGAAAUGACCAUUGGUGGUCACGAAAAAGACGACGAGGAGAGUAACAGUACUAGCGGUAACAAGAGCAGGAGUAACUACACUUCCAAAAAAACCGUCUGCGCUCGAGCGAUUAUGCGCUUCAAGAAAAUCGGCGCCGUGAGAAGCAUCUCGUGA